AUGGCCAAGGUGUUUGAAUACGCCGAAGUGGCACAGCACAACUCGGCAGAGAGCUGCUGGGUCAUUCUCUACGGCGACGUCUACGAUGUAACUCGCUUCAUCCCCGAACACCCGGGCGGCAGCAAGGUGAUCCUCCAGCUCGCCGGCUCCGACGCAACAGAAGAGUACGAUCCAAUCCACCCGCCUGGCAUCCUCGAGGAGAACCUCAAGCCUGAAGAUAAGCUUGGCAAGAUUGAUCCGGACUCGCUGCCCAAGGAGGAGAAGACGGCCGUGGAGACGGGCGACGCCGAGGACGACGGGCCCGUGGACCUGGAGAGCAUCCUCAACCUCGACGAGAUCGAGGAGGUGGCCACGAAGAAGAUCCCCUACAGGGGCUGGGCUUACUACUACUCGGCCUCGGACGACCUCACGUCCAAAGCCUUCAACGGCGCCGUCUACCGCCAGAUCCUGCUCCGCCCGCGCGUCUUCGUCGACUGUGUGGCCUGCGACACAUCCACGUCCUUCCUCGGCCACUCGGUCAAGCUCCCCAUCUACGUCUCCCCCGCCGCCAUGGCACGCCUCGCCCACCCGGACGGCGAAUGGGGCAUCGCGCAAGCCUGCGAGAAAUUCGGCGCCAUGCAGAUCAUCAGCCACAACGCUUCCAUGACACCGGAGCAGAUCAUCGCCGACGCACAGCCGGGACAGGUCUUCGGCUGGCAGCUGUACGUGCAGAACGAGCGGGCAAAGAGCGAAGCCAUGCUCGCCCGCGUGAACCAGCUCGACGCCAUCAAAUUCAUCUGCCUGACGCUCGACGCCCCCGUGCCGGGGAAGCGCGAGCACGACGAGCGCGGCAGGAACGUAGGCUCCAACCUCCCCGUGCGCGCAGCCGUGCAAGGAAACGCGAGCGUGUCCAAGACGUCGCCCGAGGCCAAGACGCCCAAGCUCGCGGGCGUGGGGCAGAGCCUGUUCUUCGGCACGGCUGCGGACCUUAGCUGGCGCAGCACGCUGCCGUGGCUGGCCAAGCACACCACCAAGCCCAUUGUGCUCAAGGGCAUCCAGACGCACGAGGACGCCUACCUGGCCUCGUGCUACGCGCCGCAGGUCAAGGCUGUGAUUCUGUCGAACCACGGCGGGCGCGCGCUCAACACCGCGCCGCCGGCCGUGCACACGCUGCUGGAGUUGCGCAAGUACUGCCCGGAGGUGCUGGACCGCGUCGAGGUGUGGGUCGACGGCGGCAUCAAGCGCGGCACCGACGUCGUCAAGGCGCUCUGUCUGGGCGCGAGGGGUGUUGGCAUCGGACGCGCGGCUCUGUUCGGCUUGGGCGCUGGGGGUAAGGAGGGCGUCGAGAGGGUGCUUGAGAUCCUCAAAGCCGAAACAGAGACAUGCAUGCGGCUGCUGGGCGUCGAGCGCGUCGAGCAGCUGGGCAUGCAGCACAUCAACACGCGCGCCGUCGAGCGCGACAUCUACGACGGGCCGUCGUUGGCCAGGGCCGCCGUCGAGCACGCUGCGGCCAAGGGGACCACGACGGCGACUGCCAAGGCGAAGCUGUAG